AUGAGUAGUUUUUGGGCAAAUAACAAGGAUUCGAUCAAGAAAGGGUUCGCAACUGCGACCAAGAAAACAUAUGAAGGAACUAAAUACGUCGCUAAAUCAGGUUAUAAUGCUGGAAAGAAAGGCCUGCAUAAGAGCGACAACAGCGUGUCGACUACUUCUGAACAUGAUACUAAACACAGUAACUCAUAUACUAAUUCUCACUCAGAACCCCACAGUACGGCUACUUCUGCAUUGGAUAAGGGUAAUAUUGAAAGUCAUAGUUCACAAACUACGAACACAACUAAUGCAGCAUAUCCAUAUAAUCAGCAGUCCACAUUAUCAUUUAAUAAUAAUACGACCCCGGCAAUGAUACAAAAUGCAGGACAACAGCCUCCUCAUAGUUAUCCUAGCUAUACACAACAAACGGAUGCCCAGUCGCAAUAUUCUCCGUACCCAGCUGUACCUGUAAAUCAGCUGCAAUCUCAACCUCAACCUUCGUUGAAUCAGCCUCAGCCACUAAGUGCAUAUCAACAGACAAGUAACGUAAAUCAAGAUACCAUAACAACUCAAUCAGGACAGGCAGCUAUGCAUGGUCAAAAAUUCGUGGAGACUGCCACCACCCCAUUAUACAUUUCACCUUUUAAUAUUGCAGACUUAUCACCUCCUCCUGUGCAUCGUGACAGAGGGAAAACUAAGGUUGUUCAAAGCCCAAAAGAUGAUAUACCUGAUGAAGAAAAGGAGGAUAUAGUUUCUUCCAAGAAAAGGAAUUCUACAAUGUCUCAUGCAUCAAUACCCACAGACAGAAGCGAUGAAACGAGCUUGGUUGAUUUCCAAAAUCCAGCGAAAGUACCCUCAAAGAAACCUCAGCAAGGUGAGCUGCUGCCACUUUCACAUUCGAUGUCGUCACAAACAAAAAUGAAUGCAUAUGGGGAUAGCACUACCGUUCCAAGACGUAAUCAUGAAAAUGGCAGAUCAAGGAAUGGGUCGACAUCUCGAAACUAUACUGACGUCGACUCGGAUGAAAAUUCAUCGCCAUUGCCUCCUAAAAGCAAAUGNNNAUUGAAGGUAUCAAAUAAUUCGAAUUCUCCUGUUAUAGAAUUUAAGGAACAUAUGCGCCAUAAUUCUUUUGAUGGAUCUCUUGAAUGGGGCAGUUGUGACACAGAUGAUGCAAAUCCACCACCUCUACCACCGAAACCUCAUAAAAUAGCAGCCAGUAAGCCAAUUCCACCAGCCGUUCCAAAAAAUAGAAAGGAGCGUAGUCCAGUGUAUAGAACACAGCUAAAGGAAGACUUUUCAGGUGAACUGCCAGAAAAUCGCAACAUCAAAAAAAAUGUACCAAUAUUAAAACCGAAGCCAUCAAAUUUUCAACGAACUUCAAUGGCAUGCAGCAAUGAUGAUAUAUCCGAUAGCUUCUCUAAGUUAACUUUAAGAAAAGUUAAUGAUCCCAGGGAGCCUCCUGUAGUGCCAAGGAAGAAGGAGUCACUAAGAUUGGUCCCACCUGCUAUCCCAAAAAAAAAGAUUCUUUGA